GCUGGGAUUGUACGGGGAGCCCAAAACAGUGUGUGUAAAGAAUGCGAGUGACUACGACAUGCAGUGGGAGUAGGAAGUAGCAGUAGUCGGCUACACGCGCAGUUCAGGUUGUUUUGCAAGUCAGAUCAGACCACGGCUCGUCAACAUGUCUAUGGCAAUCUCGUCCAGCACAACGCCAUAUCAUCACCAGCAGGGUCUCAGUUAUAGCGACGCCGAGGCCCCGAUCGGCACUGCCGUCUCUACCUCUUCGCAUGCCAUGAACAUGCAGUCGGGACAGGUGAACGUCAUGUAUCAGAAACUGGGCAAUGAUUUCCUGCAGCACAUCCAGCAGCCGAGCAACAACGGGCUGCCGCUCGGCCAUCCCGGCGCGCAGUGGGUCGGGCUGUCCGCCCCGCACGCCGAUGCUAGUCAGAUGUGGCAGGCCGCCGUGCCGGCCCAACUCAUGGGGCAGGACAUCAAGCCCAACCUGGUGGGACAAACGAGGGAAGAAAUUCAGAAUUUACACCACAGAGUCGGGCACGGCCAGCCACCCUCCUCAUGGAAUUCCCCCUCGAACACACACAUGGCUAUGCCCAUGAGUAUGAGUAUGCCCAUGUCCACAUCCAACUCACCCGGCCACCAUUUGGGCCAUUCGCCUCACUAUACCUCAUACGGAGCAGCGAUGGGGAUGAAUGGUAUGGUCAGUAGCGCUCAACAACUCUGCCAGGGUGGUAUCCCACGGACAAAUAAUUCCAACGGGUCCCCACUAGGGCACGAGAUGUCCCACAAUGGCCCACCGAGUAACGAACCUGUCGAGGACUGCGACGCGCCAACUUCGGACGACCUGGAGCAGUUUGCUAAACAGUUCAAGCAGCGACGGAUCAAGCUAGGUUACACCCAAGCCGAUGUGGGCCUAGCGCUCGGGACCCUGUACGGCAACGUCUUCAGCCAGACCACCAUCUGCCGGUUCGAGGCACUACAACUCAGCUUCAAGAAUAUGUGUAAGUUGAAACCCUUGCUGGCCAAAUGGUUGGAGGAGGCCGACUCAACCUCCGGCUCUCCAACUUGCCUGGACAAGAUCGCAGCGCAAGGCAGGAAGCGAAAGAAGAGGACCAGUAUUGAGGUGACCGUGAAGGGGGCUCUGGAAAAUGCUUUCCUGAAGCAGCCCAAGCCGGCAGCACAAGAGAUCUCGGGACUUGCAGACAGCUUGCAGUUGGAGAAAGAAGUUGUUCGGGUGUGGUUUUGUAACCGGCGACAGAAGGAGAAGCGAAUGACCCCGCCUAGCAACCAAGGUAGCAUGUCAGGAGGUGAGUCGCCCAACUCUGACACCAUGGUGUCCUCUCACAUGUCACUGCAUCAGCCAGUCAUCACCACUUUGUCCUCUCACAUGCACAACUCGGCAGGCUCACCGGUCCAUCUUGGGGGCAACUCCGUCUCACCACCUCCUAACCACGUCUCGUCGGGCCUGGGACAGCACACCGGACACUGACUGAACUUAACCCCGGCCUGAUCAAAACCAUCCCACCCGCUCGCCACAACAGCACCCUAAGUAGGUGAGGGACAUUGUGCAUUAUACAUCUCCCCAAUUCUUACCUCAGGACUUUUAAAAAUUAUCUCCGAACUAAAACUUAGUCCCUUCUUUAAAGUCAACUCGGUCACUACCCUUCAACAACCCAUAGCUUGCAAUGUUUACUCUAUUCUAGAUUCCAGUUGUGCAAACAAUUGGUUUUAGAACGACUUACUCAUAACCCAUGAACCUAAUCUUGAACAAUGCACUUGUGUCUGCUUUGAACAAAGUAAUUGAGUUUUUGAACCGUGGUCGUUCAUGUGAUUUCCUUGCAGAAACCUGCAUUUUUGAGUGUGCACACAUUUCGAUGCAAUGCAAACAGAAUCCUGUAUAUAAAACGACACUCACUCACAGAAACUGCUUCGCAAACGGUACAAUCUGGUCACAAAGUUCUUGUAAAAACCCUUAAAUAUUAACACGUUUUGCUCUUAAAUAUAAAAUUAUUUAUUGAGCUUAUAUGAAGCGUAUUGUAUUCUAUAUAUAAUCGUUAUCUCGGAAACGAAGAAAAUGUUUGGUAUUUAUAUAAGUACAUGUACAAAUACGGUUUCAAAAGUACGUUUUUGCAAGUUGAGUGGCGAUUGUAAUUUUGCCAGGACGCGCCAGUGUUGUACAAAAACAAAUCCUGUGACACCACACGAACUUUUCGUGACAUUUCGAACAACAGCAAAAACUUUGCACUGACUUCGAUCAGGGUAUAUUUAUUAUGUAAAUUUCAUUUUUUUCAGUGCUAUACUCUAUGAGGAACUUGUAUGUAUAUGUUGUUACGUAUUUGAGGUUUUUUCCUGAUUGUGUGUAUAUAAUGCAGGAUUUUUGUCUGGAUAUGAAAGGGGCCUAGCUAGCUCCCGAGGUUUCAUCUAUAGUGCUUCUGUUAAUUUAUCAUUAAAAAAAACUAUUUUAAUUUGGACAGGUUUCAAAGUUUUAUAUCAAUGGCUUAUUGUUAUUAUAGUGAUGGUAUAUUGGUCGAAAUAAUUUAACUUUCCCACCAGUUGUUCGGAGAAGUUUUGUAAAUAGUCCCACCUUUUAGAGUUUUUUUGCGAAGUAUUUUUUAUGUUUCUUUUAUGUUAUUAUUUAUUACAUUUUUAGCAGUGGAUUUGAAGAAUGGGAUACAAACUCAGUUUGGGAAUUUAUAUCGUGUAGAUCGACUGUCGAGCACUCAGCAGAUAUUAACUUAGGCAUUGAUACAUAGCCUUGACGAUUUUUUUUAUUACACAUUGUGUAGGAAUCGAGUGAGUUUUCUGUAAAGAGCCAAUUUACCUAACUUUAUUUGUCAAUUUCUAACAAAAGCUGCCACCUCAGAGAUUAGACAUUUUGGAAGGAGGAAAAAAACCUUUCCAUGUUCCUACUGGAAUGCCUCUCCAUUCCAAUUGGAUGGGUUUCUAGUUGGCAUCGAGGAGGGAGUUUUUAACGCCUGCACUUAACUCGAUUUGCUGUUCCGAAAUCGAAUCGGAAAGAGGAUAAUAAAAUUCCAGCCUGCGAACACAAACAAGCUCUUUAGAUCUGUGCAUAAGAGCGUUGGUUGGGUGUCUGUCAGACUAGCAACGUGCGCACAAUGGCUGCCCGCUUGCCGCGGGGCCUGUAAGACAAGCGAUUCCUCGGCUCUGAUCAGGUGGGUCAAGAGCAACCAUGCCCGGUGAAAAGAAAGACGGAACAAGAUGAACCGUCUGGCUUAAGGACGCCCAGAGAUCCCCGGCCAGUCAGGUGUAUUUUUCUUAGCCGGCGUUGCUGACAUCCUGAACGUAAGGCAAGAUGGAGGGUUUUGCUUCGCUAUUGCAACUGUAGAAAGCGGCAAACAAAGACGGGGCGACCCGCGAUGUACUAUGGUAACUCGAUUAGUAAAGAUCGGCGCGCGCUCGCAACUUCAUUCCAGAGCCAUCCAGUGCGAGGCUCGAGUUUAUUUCGCGCCUAAAUCAUGCUAGUUAGUUACACGGUAUGCCGCUGAUGUGUGGCAAAGGCGGCUUUUUUUUUUGCUCCUCUGGCAAACCCAGUAGGUUUUGUUUUCCUGGAGUGUUGUUGAGAAUGGUGUUCUGACAACAGACCAAUCAAGGUUAGGCACUUGUUAUGCCCUUUUGUGAGGCCCUAAAAUUACUACUGCGAGGUAUAAAGCACGAUAAACCAUGUUGAUGUUAAAGCAAUGAGAUUUCAUGAAUGUAAAACAAUAUUCUUCAGUCUUGAAGUGUUGCAUUAACUUUCUUUCUCUCCCAAGUACCAAAGCAUAGAAAUUUUACUUUAUAUUUUUUUUCGAUUUUAGAAAUUGUCAGUCAAUUUUUCUGACGACAUGCUCGCAUCUGUCCAAGUAAAAUUUUACAUUUAUUUAUAUUACUCUUUUACAAACAGAUUGUCUAUCUUAAAAACAAACAUGAUGGCUUUUUCAUAUUGGUUUAAUGAGGUUUUAAAUUCAUAACAUUUUAAGAUUUUUUCAAGAAUUACAUCCCCUGGAGUUAUUAAGACAAUAUUAUGUCUUUGUUCUUGUAACGCUGACUUUAUGAUACAGUUGUCGAAUUAAAAUGAACCACGGCACUACACGAGUA